AUGAAGGAAGUCAUGAUAACGUCUAUAAAUAAUGCUCAAGGCUUCAGUGGAACUUCAACAACAACUAUAGCACUUAUCACUGUUUUCAAAAUGGCUUCGUUGAGCACUGCUACCACUAAACCAUCCUUUGCGCGUCUCGACGCAGCGGAACCAUCCACGACGCCACAGAACCUUGUCGCAGCCAUCAAGCGUGAUGGGGGCGUAAUUGUCGAGAACCUUAUAUCUCGCCAACUGGCAGAACAGAUCAGAGCAGAUCUCAAACCGCAUUUUGACUCCGAUAUUCCAGACCUGUCUGGAUUCUUCCCCGUCACUACCCAAAGAGCAACUGGCUUGUUUAAUGUUUCUGAUGCGUGUGUUGAGCUCGCCUGUAAUCCUCUUUACAUCGACGUUGCAAAUGAGCUGUGCUCUUCCUCGCUGACGUAUUGGGAACGGGAGAAGAGGAUUACUGUGAGCGGGAAGCCUAUUAUUUCGUCGACUGUGGCGUUUCGGGUUAAUCCAGGUGGCAAACAGCAGGUUCUGCAUCGAGAUGAUGAUGACUAUCAUCCCCACGACAAAGAGCUCCCAGUCAUGAUUGGCUGCGUGACGGCUCUCACCAAAACCACCCGGGAGAACGGGGCCACGAUCGGCAUCCCGGGAUCUCAUCUCUGGGAUAGUGAGCGACGGCCAUAUGAUGAAGAAGCUGUUCCCGCAGAACUAGAGCCAGGUGAUGCUUUCAUCUUUCUGGGCAACCUGUACCAUGCUGGUGGCCAGAACAUUACCCAUGGGCAUCUUCCUCUGCAAGCCGACUCUUCGCCCUGCGGAGAACCAGUUCCUCAUGGUGCCAUUGGAGCGAGCGAGGCAGCUCACACCACAGGCGCAAAGACUGCUUGGCUAUGGCGUUUGUAA